GGGGUGGAGGCAGGCGCGGGGGCGGGCGUCGGAGACCGGGAUUCGGCGUUCUGGGGGAUCGAUUGCUGGACCAGCGGCGGUCCCGUGCUCCCCGGCCUGCGCGCCCCAGCUGCUCUGGGUUCCCCAGGCCGAGGCGCCGGCGGCUGCGGCAGACCGGUGUGGUGGGCAGAGGGAGGCUCGGAGGGCGCGGGCGCCCGGUGCGCGGAGCAGGCGUGAGGCAGCCGGGGCCCGGGACGCCAUGUCCAUGGAGGACCCCUUCUUUGUGGUGAAAGGAGAGGUACAGAAAGCAGUCAACACUGCCCAGGGCUUAUUUCAGAGAUGGACAGAGCUCCUCCAGGACCCCUCCACAGCCACGAGGGAAGAAAUCGACUGGACCACCAACGAGCUGAGAAACAACCUCCGGAGCAUAGAGUGGGAUCUGGAGGACCUUGACGAGACCAUCAGCAUAGUUGAAGCAAACCCUCGGAAAUUCAACCUUGAUGCAACUGAAUUGAGUAUAAGAAAAACCUUCAUCACAAGCACUCGGCAAGUUGUCAGGGACAUGAAGGAUCACAUGUCACCUUCCUCUGUGCAGGCAUUAGCUGAGCGAAAAAGCAGACAGGCACUGCUAGGGGACAGUGGUGGCCAGAACUGGAGCACGACCACGACGGAGAAGUACGCACACCUUGACCGCGAGCUCCAGUUGGCCAACUCGCAUUUCAUCGAGGAGCAACAGGCACAGCAGCAGCUGAUUGUGGGGCAGCAGGAUGAGCAGUUGGAGCUGGUCUCUGGCAGCAUCGGGGUGCUGAAGAACAUGUCCCAGCGCAUCGGAGGGGAGCUGGAGGAGCAGGCAGUUAUGUUGGAUGAUUUCUCCCACGAGUUGGAGAGCACUCAGUCCCGGCUGGACAAUGUGAUGAAGAAACUUGCAAAAGUAUCUCACAUGACCAGUGACCGGCGCCAGUGGUGUGCCAUCGCCGUCCUCUUCGUGGUCCUGCUGGUCGUGCUGGUCCUCCUCCUUGUGCUGUGACGCGGCCGGCAUGGCCCCCCGCCUGCACUCGAACCCGGGGAGGUGGCAAGCGGCGCCGGGCGUUACGGUUCCCUCACGUUCCUCUCCAGACGACGCGGCCUGCACUGACCUCCCUCCUCGUGACCCCACCACCCACAGCUGCCGCGGGGACACUGCGGAUGACCGUGUGCUCCUGGCCUGCGAUGAGGACGCUGGCCACUGCCCUGCCUCCCAGGCCUUGCGCCCCAAAGACGGCCUCUGAGGAAGCCAGAAAGUUCCACACACUCAACUAGCGCUUGCUGUUGCUCAUUCCAUCUGUCUUUGGCAGCUCUUUUCUCCUGCCCAGACCCUUCCCCCGGCUCUGACGGCGCACCCGCUUCGGUCCCGAAGAGCCCUGUCGGGAGUGCUGGCUCCCGGGCACAUUUCAUUCCCCACUGCGGCAGCAGCCCUCGGCCCCCGACAGCCAGUCGCUGAUGGGGACAGAAGGCCCAAGAAGCUGUGACCGAAAACGCACCGAUCCGUUUUUCAGGGAUAAAAUUGCUUUCCCAGGCACGUUAUUUUGUGGUAGAGAUAACUCAUGGAGAAUAAUGGAAAGCACUAGGCUUUGGGGUGCUAACACCUGGUGGCUUGGCCUGCAGGGAGGCGAGGGUGGUGGGACCCAGUUUGCACAGCUGAGGGAAGGGUGGGUGAGGUCGCCGGAGGUCAGAGCCUUGCCGAAUUCACAUCACUGUCCUGGUGCAACUUGUAUUUUUAGGACCGCCUUUAACUGCAUGGCUGUGGCUGGCGAACUUGAAUGGGCCAGGGUCCCGGGCCAGCCUCAUCCAUGGUUAGGUCACUCCUGCAACACUCUGCACUGGGGAUGGGGGUGGUCACGGGUGGGAGUGGUUCGUACGUCAUUAGCACAGUGACACUCAGAAACCGCAAGGACAGAAUCGGCUGGUUCUGAACCAGACUUCUCUUACCCUGUGAGUGAUGGCAAGAAUGGGUAGGUGAACUUGAGGGCUUUUUACCCCCCCUAAGAUGACAACUCAAUUUGUUUUUGUUUUUUUAUCAUCCAUUCAAGUAACUGAGCCAAUCCAAAUUUAAAUAAUGGAUGCUUUAAUUGAAUUUUAGUAGCUGAAACUGCUGAGAGGCUAAAUUUCAGGCUUCUGAUGACUUUUUAAAUGCCUCCCAUGCACACAGCGUGUCUACAGGAUAUUUUUAUAGCCUCCCUGAUGCCGGCACUGCUGUACAAGCAGCAGCUGACCCAGAGCCUGGGGGGGAGUCCCGCCUAUCCUUGCCGCCAUUUUCCUGCGCUUGGAAAGCACAGCCAACAUCCGGGUAGAGAUCUAGCUCGGACUGCUCGUCUCCUCGUCUCUUGGGGUCCACUCCUCAGCACACUGGGUUUUUUUUUCUUUUUAAUUUUUUUUCUUGUUUUGUUUGUUUUUUUUGUGUAUUUGCUUUGGGCUCCCCUCCCCCAAUUUUUGUGAUUUGCAAUGAUGAACUUGCCCAGCUGACUUUCGACUUGCACUUUUUAAUAAAUGUUUGUAACAGUUUUUUAAAGAAGGGUAUUUUCUCAUGGUUAGGAGCACGGUAGGUAAGGAAAUCUGCCUGUUGAUGAAAGCUAAAAAGGUUUAUAAAACUGAAAGGGUGGUUGGCAUCCACGUUUACACUCAACUCUAUCUGAUCUAGAAAUAAGUUAUUUUUUUCAAAUUAGCAAAAAAAAAAAAAGAUUACUACAAAGGGCUUCAGAUGUAGGGUACUAGGUUAUUCGUUUUACAGCGUUUUGAGACUCAUUCCAGUAGUCUUCUCUAAACUUAGAACAGGGAUGGUCCUUAGAUUCCAUGAAAACACACAGGUCUUCAUUAGACGUAAAUGGGGGCCUUGUCUCAGUACUGUCAUCCCCACUCCGCAUGAUGAGAGGCAGCGGCAUCCUACCCACCUGUACGGUGAUGCUCUUGACAGGCCGUGCUGUGUCCUCCUAGCACCAGAUUUACUGUGCCCCGCGCACUGUCCUGCGUGUGGGGCUUGUUGGGAACAUGCCUGGUCAUGAAUAAGAUGCCUCCCUGACGGCGGGGGCCGGUGGUGGGUGUGGAGGGGCGGCAAGUUUUGUGAUCCGGAGACUUAUUACUAAGUGUUUGGAUGCAUUUAGAAUCGGCAUGAUGACCUCACUUAAUUUCAAGUAUUUGCCAAACAGUGGCUAUUGUAGAUGAGACUCCUGAAGCUGAACAGGCAAUUAUUUAGGAGGAGAAAAGUUUACUUGAAAAUACAAAUGCUGCAUGCGUUCUCCCUGCAGGCCGGCUCUGCUCCAGGCAUAACUCCUGGCCCAGCAGGUGUGAUCCUGGGUCUGACUCUGUUGUGCCCAAACUGGGCAUCAUGAGUGUUCAUUUGAAAGCCUUCGCUCAGACCGCAAACCAUGGCGGUCCAGGAGAGCCAGCCAGGGGUUCAGGUUGAUAUUUGAGGACCAGUGUUGCUUCAUUGGUGAUCCUGACACUGCUGGGCUCCACAGGGUACCUAAGCGGCCCCCGGCCAUUGGGGGGGGGGGGAGCAGUGGACACUGGCGACACCCCCACGCUGCUCAGGGGCACAUCCUGGAAACGGUUGGGCUGUCUCCAGCCUCUGCACCUCGACACAUACUCAUCAUUUCUAAGGAACUGGCAGAAUGUGAUGGAUAAAGAGAAAGAGUUCAACUUGCAUUUAUCGCAAGAACGUUUUUCUAAUUCACUGAUUUGGGGGGGUUGAUCAGGGGACUGGACUAUCGAGAGAGUUGGCCAGAGUUGGGGAUCCAGCUGGAAAACCGAAAUACCUUUAGGUUUUCAUCCUUUGAUCUUGCCUUUGUGUGCACCGAAACCCGCCGGUGCUCUCUGCACGCCCGCUGCUGGGUGGCAGUUGGAAGUCGCUGCAUGUGUGUUACAUGACGAUCUUCACGCCAGAGCCGAAGGAGGAGAAACUUGGGAGCUUGCCCAUUAUUCUCUGCUUUUAGCCAGAGUUAAACAGACUGAUGGGUCUGGUAGCCAACCACUUGGCAACUUCUACUCCUUCUCACCUCGUGAGAUUCAGGGCUGUGAAGAGAAAUCUAGUCUAACUCCAACAGAAAUCUGUCUCUGUUAAGUGUUUUACCUUCUGUAAGUGAAGGUGGCAGAGCCAAGAUCUUUCUUCUGGUAAUUUCCCUGGCUAUAAAGUGAGACCAUUACCUUUCUAGAGAAUUCACAGCAUUUGAAGAUCUAGGAACUGAAUUAUACACAGGAGCUCCUUUUCAGCUCUGUGGACUCGGACCGCUUGGCUUCACCUUGUGCCGCAGGAUGAACCUGGAAGCAAAACAAAAUUGGGACAGUCUGAAAAGGAGAAGUUCCAGAACGCGGCAGGCACUACCUCCCUCUUUGUGUUCCUCUCGCUGGCAUUUCUCUCCCUCCCAGGUUUUUUAAGAACAGUUUUGAAAAGUGUGUUCUUUCUCCAGAGCCGAGAGAGGUGAAACCAAAGAGCUCUCGGACCUUCUGCCCUCCAUCACGCUGCGCCAUGCCUGACCGAAGUCCGUUCACGAAGGCCUCAGAUGGGCCUGGGCUGCUGCUGGGGGCGCAGCAGCGUGCUCUCUCGGGGCCCCUGAUCUGAGUGAGGGGCACUCCUGUCACCAGGCUGGCCCGAUGAAGGGAGAUCCACCCUCUGUUCUGUCCCCUGCCCUCACCAGUGUGCUCGUGCCUCAGUCCGUCGGACAUGAGUGCGGACGCCGGACAUCCAUGCCUAUUUGCUGUAAUGCUCGCUGGGAAGCUGCUGUCUGCUGUUGCGUCCAGAAAAUCCAGAGAAUUCUGACUAGAGGGGAAGAGCCAUCCAGACGAGGACAGCCCUGCAGUGACCCUGAGACAAAAGCCCUCACAGCUCGGUGCGGGUCACUCGGUGGGACCGAAACUCCAGACUCACUGGCUUCUGGGGUCCCAUCCCUGACCUACACUCAGAGGCGUGUGGACCACCCAGCUCAGUCGUUUUGUUUUGGAAAUGAGACCACGUGCCGCAGCUCCCCUAGCGGACACGGGGGCGUUGUUUGCUGGGUUGCGCUCUGGGCUGGGCCCCAGGGAGCGUGUUCACUGCCUGUGGCCGGUGACCUCGGCGACGCAACAAGGUCGGCCAAUAGUGACCUGUCGUGCUCACUCCAGCUCCUGGGCGUUUGAAGCUCCGAAAGUUCCAGUGGCGCCUUGGCCGUGUUAUUGCCUCCUCCUCCAUGUGACAGCUCCCUUUUGUGGUAGAGGCUCUUUACCAACAUGGCUGGGAGGGGGGAGGACGGAGAAGGAACUUGGUUUCCUCUGACGUAGACUGAGGUGAUGGUGCUGUUUUCCUUCCGAGGUGACCUUUGUCCAGAAAUGCCCUUCCCCAAGGCCGUGUAGAUGGGAACUGUCCUUCCACAGUCAUUGUCCCAGUCGCCUGCCCGACUGCUUGGCAUGGGCCUGGUUUGCCAAGUGCAGCCAGUGAGAAAGUGUGUUUUUUUGUUUGUUUGUUUGUUUUUUUUUAAGGCUAUGAGUUCUUGAACCCAGAAGCUACUUGAUUAUCCAGGGGGCAUUAGAAAUAAGACCACCCACCUUCACUGUUUGCUGGCCAAAGGUCUCGGGCCUUGUUCCGUGGCCCUGGCAGUAGUCCAGUGCCCCACGUGAGCCAGGCUCUCUGUCAGCCCUCGGGGUGAUGCUGUGUCCAGGGUUGUUCUUGACCUGCAGAAAGCAGGUUCUAGCUGAGCCCAUGCUACUGAACGGGAAUUGCAACCCUGGAGGUGAAGUCUGCUCGGGGAGAGGCAGACGGCCUAGUCCUCAGGAAGAGAGGCCGUGCAGGGCGGGGCGAGGCCGGCCCAGUUGUUUCUGCUAAUAAGUUACUGGAACUCACUUGUAAGCUUGAUGUGGGUGUGUCCUGACUUGACCCAGGAGAAUGCCCUGGGUGAGGGUGGCCUGGAAACCAGGAAAGGGCCAAAGACCGCAAGCCAUAAAUGAUGGUGGAUUGGUUUUUUGUAAGUGGAAAUAUGCUCUCACUGGCUCAUUUGUAAUCAGAACUUAGUGUAAUGAAAAAAUCAAAUGUGUAAUACAUGGCAGUAUGCAGCAGGACUAAAUUGUUGUAUUUUUCUUCCAAGGAUAAAUAACCCACAGUGUUUUAUUUUUAAAUAACUAGAAGGCACAAACUAAAGACAUGAGAUCAAGGAUUUGAAUUGCAAAUGCUUGGGUGAUUUCCAGAUGGUGUGCCCCCCCCCCCAAGUCCCCCAUGAGAAGAGCCCAGUAGCCCUGGUGCCAGUUUACACCCCUCUCCACAGGUAGAUGCGUUCUUGCUCUUUCCACAGGCUGGGUCUCCAAGGGUGGUGUGGGACCAGCAGCAGGGGCAUUGCCCCGGAGCUUGCUAGAGAUGCAGGUCCUCAGGCCCGUUUGGCCCUGUCGAAUCACAGACUCUGGGGGCCCAGACUCUGGGGGCCGGUGAGGCUGGCAGGCUGUAUUUCACAAGCCCCCCAGGAGAUUCUGCCCCCAACUAUAUUUUCAGAAUCACUGCUCCCGCAUUGUGGAAUUUACGCUACAGUAAACCAUCCCUGCAUAAUAAAACCUCUUCCAUAGCUUUGAUUGUAAUCCUGACAUUAAACAAACUGAUGACACUAUAAACUUGAAAACUUUUUAAAAAUACUUGCGUAAGAAACAUCUCAACUAGCCGUCUUUCAAAGUGGUAUUUUUACACCCUGAAGUCUAUCAGUAAUGUUUCUUAUUUCUGCUCUUGAAAUCAUGUUACAGCUGUACAAAGAAUACUGUUCAGUAUUAAAAGAGAAAUGAAGAGACCAUGACCUU